CGCAUUCCUCAAGUGGCGCUAACCCUCUCAAACUUUACGUUUAGCAGCAGUUCAACGUCAACAGUGGAAGAGAACAACAAUACACACGUACUAGUGUCCUGCGGUGCGUCGGAAGAUUAGAAACGUCUCUCUCGGAGUCACAACUCAACUCUAAAUAUUACUUUCUUUUGUUGUUGUUGUUGUUGUUGUCAGAGUGCAUCUCCAGUCCGUCGGGUAGGAAACACACCGUUAUAAGACAACGAAUGACUGAGCGACUUCUAGCUUUUUUUCUGGACUUUCCUUGGUGAUGACGGAGCUCAUGCUGCCAGACUCAAGAAGGUGCACUUAUUUCUUCCUCUACGAUGGAUGCAAGGUCAAAGGAGAAGGUGAUCUUACCAGAGAGGGAAUCUGCUACUUCUACCCUGAAGAGACCCCUUUAGAUAAGCAGGAGCUGCUGUGUGGUCAGCUGGCCGGCACUGGCCGCUGCGUCUCUGAGCUGUCCUCCUCCCCUGUGCGUAUACUCCGGCUGCGCCACAACACGUUCUCCAUCCGGAUGAAAGAUGACUUAUUCUGGGCUCUGGGCUGCUCAGUGGAAGUCUCCACCGUCAGUGUCUGUGAGCUCCUGGAUCAGCUAAUAAACCUCUUUUGUUUCUACAACGGCUCCGUCCGACGAAGCUAUCAGCUAAACAGUCAAGAAACUCUGGCUGGUCGAUGGGCGCGGUACCUCUCACACCUGCAGUCAGGAUCCUUGGAGCUUCAUCACAUCUUCAGCUGCUUGAGAACAAUUGACUCGACUAAUAUUGAUCCACUUCUCCUGCUCAAAGCUGCCCUCAUCCUGCAGGCGUGUCAGCGCUGCCCCCUCGUGGCAGCGGGCUGUAUUCUGUUCAGAGGAAGGGUUGUCAGCACACAGAUGUCUCCAGAUCUCACAAUGAAGGUGAUGGUUCAUGAGAGUGAAACGUACACUGAGGCCCGGAGGUCUAAUGGACCGAACACCGUCAGCUCCACUACGGUGUUCCUGACCAUGUCUGAACUUCAGUACCUGCAAUCCGUCCCCGUCUACAAAGACUUCAGUUCCCGUACGACUCCACACAAAAGCACCCCCACAAGGAAGACCCGCCUGUCAAGAACGUUAUCUGACACUCCCUCCACCGAGUCAGAGCCAUCGGACACAGGUUCCUCCCAGUCCCCCCAGAAGGUGUCCUCCGGUCCUCGCUCGUCACACAGCUCUGUGUUGAGCCCAGAUCCGUCGCACAGCUUCGCCGAUCCCCCAACGCAACAGAUAGAGCUCCCUCUCUCGAAUGGAAAACACUCCCCUGAAGCUGAGGAGGAGGUGCUGGACGAGUCAUAUUAUCACAGUUUUCACAGCAACAGAGACGAGGUCAGCCAGAUGCAUAAUGAAGGAGACGGUUCAUUGUUUGGAGAAAACUCCCAUGCUAAUGGGGGCGGAGGAGACGGGGACACCGCCUGUGGGACGGUAUUUGACUUCACAGGGGCUGAGGAAUCCCAUGGCGAUAACGUUUUGGAAGAGGUCAGUAGAGGUGUCCUUGGGAAGGUUCCGGGCCACUCGGCAGAGAUACCAGAUCCUCCUCGCGCUGCUGCUUUCGACCACCAAGGGGAGUGUCCGCUGAUUCCCAUGACGCUGUACCUGCACCGGGUGAAAGGCUUGGUGCUCGCUCUGCUGGUGGAGCCCCACUUCUUGAGUGACACCGACUCUAUGGAGGAAGUGUAUCACAGCAGCCUGGCGUCACUCAAUGGACUAGAGGCCCAUCUGAGGACCAUCUCUCCAGGGGCCCCAGGCCCUCCAGGACCCUACAUCUUUGCCCACUUUGACUGCAUUCAGAGCACCCUGACAACCAACCUGUCUGGUCGACCCGGGGAAGCCCUGGAGCGUCCUUUUGUGAGGGCCACAUCACUCCUUCACUCACAUUUCUGUAACACUGAAACUCUGCAGGAGGCUAUUAUCAGGAGUGCUGGAGCUGCUGUGUAUGGAACCCGCAGCGUGGCCCAGGAAACUUACUUCCAGCAGCACGGGGGUUCGCUGAGGAACUCCGGCAUCCCUAACCACCAGGACAGUGCGUUCUCGCUUCCCGGCAAGGCGCGACACAGACUACUGAAACACGGGGUUAACCUGCUCUGACAGCAGUGGGGUUUCUUAAGAUAUGGAGCGCUGCUCUGUGAGUAACCUUAAAGUCGAUGGGGACAAUCUGAAUCAAAGUUUACUCAGUCUUGUGGUUGUGGUUUAUUUUUUACAUUGCAUCAUAUUAGCACCUGCUAUACAAAUUCAUGGCACUCACAUUAAUAGCAGAACGUUGCAUUUUCUAAAUUUGUAUUACUAUGAAUGUCAGAGGAUGGUUGGUUAACAAUGAGGUUUCAGUUUCAGUUCUUUUUAGUGCUUGUUUGUUUCCUGUGAUGCUCCAACACAUUACCCGUUGUAUCUUGAAGCGCCAUGUUGCCAUAUUAAGCUCCUGUUAACACGCUGCACACUUUUGGAAACCUUUUCAGUUUUCAGAUAUUGUCUUUUCAUCGUCACUGAAGUAAAUGAUAAAAAAACAUCUUGUGUUUAUUAAUUGUAUUGGACAUUUUUGACAAACGCCAAGUUAGAAUCGUUCUACUAUUUAGCUGCAUUUGUACAUACUCCUACAUUUACUUGCUGCACAAAACUGUCACACAUCUAUAAAAUGAUCUAAAAUAGUUUUUAUAACAAAUAUUUAUUUGAAAUCGACUCUUUAGUAGCAUACAACAUAUUAUUUAACCACUUGGCUAUUAGAUCUACUGUUUGCUCCAUCAAAAGUGUCAUUUGUUAGUGUUCUAAUGUUUGCUGAGACGGUCCACUGUGAUACUGGAGUGCAUUAUUAGUGGGAAUUAAAUGAAUACAUGACCCUC